AAUGUCUGCUAAUUCAUUCAACAACACUAGAAGAUCCAUAGUUUCUACGCAUGAGCAGACCUCACUUCAACGAUUCAUAUUUGUUUGAUAUCCCUGCGCGAGUGGGUGUUUGAUCGUCUGCUAAAAAGUAAAUACACGUCAAAGCAAUGCCGACGGAAAUUUGCUCUUCGUGCUCAAAUUUCUGUGAGCAGGACACUGAAACACUGUCGAAGCUAAAGGAUUUAUUACCUGAAGGAUAUCAGCACCUUAUCUGCAAAUUUUGUGUGACCAGUGGUGCUAAUGAUCAUUUUGAGGCUACUGUGAGAAUUAACCUGUUUUCCAAAGAUGAUGUGCAAAAGUGGAAGAACAGCUUUCAGGAGUCUUCAAAAGUUACUUUGAGAAUCAAAAGAACACACCCUUCUCUGUCAACUAAGAUCAUGUACAAGGUGAUGUACAGGUGUCAGCACUCCACUCAGCCUAGAUCAUCAACUGCUGAUGCUCGGAAAGGCUCAAAGAAUACUAAUUGCCCUGCCACAACAUGUCUGACACUUUAUCAGACGAACAUUUUUGAUUCUGAUGGCUUCAAAAGGAAAAGCAGGUCAUCGGACAGUCAUCGAGCAGAUUAUCCUGCCCUCGUACACAUAAAUCACUGUCACAACCAUGCCAUCAUUGCAGCCUCAGCUAUCAAGCAUAGAGAUGUGUCUGAAACAACAAAGUUACGUCUAGAACAGCUGAUGUUACAGGGCUAUGCACCAAGUGCUGCUUUAGAAAUGUAUAAAUAUGACCUACAGUUGGAACAUGGUGAUGAUUAUGUUUACAUCUCUGCUGACAGAGCUGUAUGUCCUGAUCGAGAUUAUGUAUACAGGUUGUACUACAAACUUGGAAAGGAAAAGUAUGGUGAGACCAGAGGCGAGUCCCAAAUUCCUCAGCUGAAAGAAUUUGUUGAACAAUUAGAGAUAGAACUGUCACAGAGAGAAUUUUGCACGUCAGUGAACACAGCCACCAAAAAAUAUGUUGUAAUGGACAUCACUCCGGAUGACCAAGUAGUUGUUUCGAUAUGCACACCACUGAUGCACAGGGUGCAUAAAUAUUUGAAACACAGCUCAGAAAUGGUUUUCAUAGAUGCUACUGGCAAUUUAGACAGAAACCAUUGCAGGGUGUUUCUUUUGUUGACGCACAGUUGUGCUGGAGGACUUCCACUGGGAGUCAUUGUUACAACGAGUGAGUCUCGGGAAACAAUCAAACAUGCCUUACAUCUCCUCAGUAACCUUGUAGGCAGUGAUGGUUUUGGUGGAAGAGGCAGAAAUGGACCUGCCAUUUUUUAUGACAGAUGAUAGCAGGGCAGAGAGAGCUGCCAUCCAUGAUGUUUUUCCAUCAUCUGUGUUGUUUUAUGUAUUUUUCACGUUCUGCAAGCCGCUUGGCGAUAUCUUUGGGAUGCAAAAAAUGGCAUCUCAAAGACUGAUAGACCAGAACUUUUUUUUUUGAUAAAAAAACUUAUUUAUGCCUCUACUGAAGAUGACCUUAAUGAAAAAUUUCAUGAGGCACUUCAGCAUGAAAAAGCAAAGAAUUAUCAUACAUUUUUAGAGUAUGUUAAUAAUUUGUUUCACAGAAGACAUGAAUGGGCUGUGUGUUAUAGAGAUGACCUGCCCAUUCGUAGAAACAACACCAAUAAUUUUGCUGAGGCAGCAAUGCUAGUACUUAAAGAAAAAAUAUUAAACAGAACUAAAGCAUUCAAUGUACAGCAGUUGCUGGAUUUCAUUGUACAUCACAUGGAAGCACACUACGAAAGAAAGUGCAUAGACAUAUCCAAUAACAUUCUCAGUCAAGUUAAACAGUCACGAUUUUUGAUGUCCAAUUUUCACAGCAUUGAGAACAUUGUUCAGAUUGGGGAUACCAUAUAUGAAGUUUCCAGUUCAGAAAAUAUAGCUGAAACAUAUGUUGUUAAUAUGACAAUAGGUGCUUGCACGUGCAAAGCUGGAUGCACAGGAGGGCCGUGCAAGCACCAGGCAAGUAUUUGCCAGCAGUUAGGGCUGACAUCUUUUAAUUUCAUUCCAGAAAAGAGCCCUGAAAUGCAACAGCUUUUAUGUUACAUUGGUUCUGGGAAAAACCAUCCUCUCGACUGGUUUCAACCGUUACGAAUCAAGGAUGGGUGUGAAGUGAAUAGAAAGGAGAUGGGAGCUUUAAGAGAACAACACACCUCUGAGCAAGCUGAUCAAGCUGCUGAAAAUGAAUGUAUUUUAGAUACAGAGGAAGCAGCAGACAUAGACAACAUUAGUCACAAUGAACAUAUCACAGAUAAAGAACAAGUUUAUGAUUCAGCUUCUUUGUUGGUAGACAUACAAGACUUUCAUAAAUUAUGUGAGCAAAAACUUGCAGCUGAUCCUGUUACAUUUGGUGCUGGUUUAAAGGCAUUUUUUAUGCAAACCUUGCACAAAAUUAAAACUGAUACACAUUUGGUAAGUGCUUUCCAUACCUUUGGAAAGUACACUGGAGUUAGUCUACCUACAGGGAAAAGAAAAAUAAUCUCUAAUAAGCGAAUUGGCAUUCAGCCUACAUCUCUGCAGAGGAGACAACGUGCUGUGCCUGGUCUAAAAAGGCAUGGUGCAGGCCGUCCGAAAAAGCCAUCUGAAGGCGAGAUACAAGCUUGCCAUGAGAAAGGUAAAAGUAGGAAUUUCUCCUCACUUUCAGGGGCUUUGUUACCUACUAAAAGACGAAAAGCACCUCACAGCUUAAAACAUUGUGUGUCGCAAAAUACAUCCCUGGGAGGAACUCAUUCAAAAAAGUAAAACAUAGCUUUUCUAAGAUUAGUUGAUACUGUUACUUUAACCAUUGUUUUUGAAGAAAUUUUGCACAUCACAUCUGAUGAAGAUAGAAAGAAAUAUCUGUAAAACAAGGAAACUACAAAAAACUGUUUUAAAAGGAAAAAGACAACCAUAAAAUAGUGAGAUGUCUAAAAGACAACUUAACUGCUUCUAAAACCUUCAACUGUAUGUCCUGUCCCUACUAAACAAUGGUUUAAUUCAGAAGCAGCUACUUACUCAUAAAAAACUGUGAGUUGCUUUCAUAGACUUUUGUCAGGCGUUUGAUAUGAUUUUAAGAAACUAUGAAAUGUGUUACUAAGAAGUGGUUUAAAAGAAAAGAAUGUUUUUAGCAAUUUCAAACAUAAUGUAAUUAAAAUCUAGACUGUCGUAACAGGAACAUCUAACUUGCAGACAUGGUAGAUUUCUUUUGUUAAUGCAUCAGUCCGGUAUAUUGGAUAUUUGCUCCAUCUGCUAAGAAUGGCACAGUGAAGAAUCCAGAGGAAAGCCUAUUUAAUGAUAUCACUACUACACAAACAAAACAAGAGAACAUGUUAACAUAGUUAUAUGAUUUCUUUGUAUAAAUAUAUCUUUGUAUAAAUAUAUCUUUGUAUAAAUAUGAUUUUGGCAUGGUAAAGGAAUGUCAAGGCGCUGGAGAUGAUAAAUUUAUUACAAAUCCUGAAACAGACUGGUAGACUAGCUGUCACCACCAGCAGUAACAUGAUAUUCAAAGCAUUUCAAGAUAUUUUCCAUAUAAUACAUUCAAUAAUAUUAUUUUAAGCAAUUAUCUUGUGUGGCUGAAAGGCAGAGGCAUAAGAGAUUGGUAAAGUUUAGAAUGGGCAUACAAGUUAAUAAAUUUUGAUUACAGGAUGACCUAUGAUUAAUAUUAGUGUUUGUACCGGUGUGUUUACAUAACUGCAUGGUGUCAAAUGGUUUAAUGCAUACCCAUACUUGUACCUGUGCAUGUUUGUGCUUAUACAUAAUUCUAUUGACUAUUUACUUUUUACAUAUCUGUGUAUAUAUGCAUAUGCAUGAUUGUAAUGGUUUGAUGCAUGUCUGUAUUUACACCAAAUGCAUUAUACAUGAUUCUUAUGGGUUAAUGUAUGUCUGUAUUUAUACCAUGUGUAUUAUACAUGCACCAGUAGAAGGCGCUCAUGAUUAAAUUAAUGUAUUAUACAUUGUGUAUUAUCAAUUGGUACCCCCCUUGAAAUAAUGCCUUUCACUAAUACAGUGUAGGUUGGCUAUUCUGUGUUCAUCUCUCGUCUCGGGCAUGCUGCAUGUGGCAUCUGCUUUCAGGGCUGACUGCCUUGCCAUGACAUAGCCUUAGUCGCUGGCUGCCUUUGCCGUAAUAUAUAGCCUUAGUUGCUGGCUUGGUGUAAAACACCAGUAACCCCCUGCCACCCAUGAAAUAGGGCCAGAAGCCUUAAUCAUUAAAACAAUAUUGUAUCAUAUCAUAUCUUAGUAACUUUAAGUCUAAAUUCAAAACGUGUCUAUUCAGAUCAGCGACUUCACUAAAACCUUGUCCUGACCAUGAGCAUGCAUAACACGUGUCUGUACUUCCUUUGUGUAUGAGCAGGUGUCUGUUGUAGAAGUGAGCAUGUAUGUUAAGCGUGAAUAUGGGUGUAUGGUUGUUGGUUAAUUACUUGACUUCUGUAUAUCAUUACUUUGAAGUGCUCUGAACAGAUUAUUCAAAAAGUUCUAUAUAAAUGUUAAAUUAUCACUGUGGUGAUCACAUCUGUCAAAAAUGUUAAAUGAUAUUUUGCAUGAGACGAUUGUAGUUUGACUUUUUUGGACAAACUCCACAAGUGGAUCCAAAUAUUUGAUGCGUAUAAAGGUACAUAUAGAAGCUUGUAAUUUUAAUGCUCUUCGUAUAAUUGCACUGUGUAAAGAGCUAUUAGAUUUUAGAUAUGAAUAUAGAAUAAACACAUGGAAAAAAUGUAUAUAUGUUUGGUUGUUUAUUAAAUUUCUGUAAACUUUGUUGGUAAAGUUGGAUCUUGACAGCAAAUUUGUGAGAGAAAAUAACAGUAAAGAUGAUAUAGAAUAAAAUCUGCUGAUGAAAUGCUAAUGCAAGAAAACAAACUACUGAGAUGCAGAUACAAAAUACAAAGCAAUAGAUAAAACAAAACUUAGCUCAUGAACUUUGUCAUAAUAAAUGAUCUACAUUCCAUCAGUGUCACUUUUGUAAGAAAAUAAAAAUGUUGCAUCAUAAUAUCUGUAAUCAAAUUACGCAUCAUUACAGUGACUAAAAUAUAAAAAUAUAUAUGCAUAACAACAAAAGUGACCAGAGAAAAUCAGCUUGCGUCGUUUGACUGUUGAAAGUCGAGGUUCCUCGUAUCGUACAAA